AUGUUUAGAUUAUGGUCACUUGAAUAUUUUAUAUAUCGCGAGAUUGAGGCGUCCUUGAAGAUCUCAAAGACCUCAAUUCAAAAAAUUUUACAUGAAGAAUUAGGAGUAAGAAAAUUAGUUUCUCGUUGGAUACCCCACCUGUUGACUGAAGAGCAGAAAGCAGCCAGGGUUCAUUGGUGUCAAAAAACGCUUGACCGUUUCAAUUCCAGAAACUCAAAAAAUGUGUACAGCAUUGUUAGUGGUGAUGAAUCGUGGAUUUACUGUUAUGAACCAGAAAAUAAACGACACUCGGCUGUUUGGGUGUUCCAAGGUGAAGAAAAGCCAACAAAAGUUAUCCGUUCUCGAAGUGUUUCGAAAAAGAGGGUCGCGACAUUUGUGUCAAAAGCGGGUCAUAUUGCAUCAAUUCCUUUUAAUGAGCAAAGAACUGAGCUUCAAAAAAACAACCCCGAAAGAAGAAUCAUCCUCCACGAAGACAAUGCAAGCUCGCACACAGCACAAAAAACAAGGCAGUAUUUAACGGAAGAAAACGUGGAAUUAUUGGACCAUCCUCCAUAUAGUCCCGAUCUAAGUCCUAACGAUUUCUUUACUUUCCCGAAAAUUAAAAACAGACUGCGUGGUCAAAGGUUCCAGUCACCAGAAGAAGCAGUUGACGCAUUCAAAAAUGCCGUUUUGGAUCUGCCAGCAAACGAGUGGAAUAAGUGCUUCGAAAAUUGGUUCGAGCGCAUGCAGAUGUGUAUUAAUCUUCUUGGAGAAUACUUCGAAAAACAAUAA